AUGACCAAAUACGAAACAGCGCUCGAGCGCAUCGACGCAGCGCAUGCCGACGACCCCCGCCAGACCCAAACACCUACCGGCCCAAUCCCAUACGAACUGCACUAUGCGCAAAAAAUGACCAGCUACCUCUCAACGCUGAAUCCAUCCGCACCAGAGCUCUUGAAGCUCGCCAUCCGUGCUCAACAUUUGCGCCGUUGGGAAGUGCCGCGGGACAGUUACCCCACUACGAAGAUCGGAUACCACUCAUGGCGCGCAGGACUGCAGAGACGACAGGCUGCGAUAGUCGAGCAGAUCUGUGUUGAGAGUGGCUAUUCAGCUGAGGAGGCGGCGAGGGUUGGCGCACUGGUGCGUAAGGCCGAUCUCAAGCAGGGAGAUCCGGACACACAGACUCUAGAGGAUGUUGCCUGUCUUGUCUUUUUGGAUGAUCAGUUUGAUAAAUUUGAGGCCGAGCUGGCGGACGAGGAGAAGAUGGUUGAUAUUUUGAGGAAGACUUGGGGGAAGAUGUCGGAACGGGGGAGAGAAGAGGCUUUGAAGAUUCAGUUGUCGGAUAAGGCGAAGAAGUUGGUUGGCAUUGCGUUGAGUGGUUGA